GACAUGAAGCGGGAGAACUGGUUUGUCGGUGCGUCAUUUUAUCAACAUUUAUUGUUGUGUCGUCUACAGUGACGCAUGUCUUUAUAUAGUAUAUAAUAUUUAUUUAAAAUGUUUACUAAAUGUUACAUAACGCAGACAUUUUUGUUAGCAAUACUGGCGGUACACGCAUGUGGUCAAUACGCGACCAAUCUAACUCCAAGACAGCGAUCGAGAUUAAGACCCAAUUAUAAAGAUGACACGAGUAACUUAACUGCAGUCGAUUUAAAAUCGGUAAAUCUCUUCAGAAUAAUACAUAGAAGGCUUGAGAAUAGAGAUCUUGAAGCCGAACCAUGUGAUACACCGACUCUGGUGAUGCCUGACUUUCGAGGCCCUGGUCUACGCCUCAGUGAUGUCAAAUGCUUAGAAUAUUUAUGGAAAAUAAGGUACUACGAUGAAGCAUUGAUAAGUGCAGCGCUGUGUACAAAUAACACCAAGUCUACAGGAGUGUACAACAUAGUGACAGCUGUUGCCGGCGGACUUGAUGGUAUUCCUGGGGAAUUUCCUCAUAUGGGUGCUAUAGGUUGGGAAACAGUGAAGAAUACUUGGCUGUUCAAGUGUGAAGGAGCGCUUAUCAGUGAGAGGUUCAUGGUGACUGCUGCCCACUGCUCGCGGUUGCCUACGCCGGACGCAAGAGUCACUGACCUUUCGCCUAAAGUUGUUCGCUUAGGAGAAGUCAAUAUAUCUGACGAGGAAGCCAUCGGGAAGACACCUCAAGACGUUUUAAUACAAAGAUUUAUAUUACACCCUUAUUACAAAUAUUCGAGGAAAAUUUACGACAUAGCUCUUGUUGAAUUCAAAGAUGAACUUGUACUGACAAGUAAAAUGUAUCCAGCGUGUCUUUGGACUAACCAAUUUGACUUGGUGGGUCCUGCGGAAUUAACUGGAUGGAAUACGAUAGAAUCAAAUAAAACGGUCCCAACCAAGGAAUUCAUUAGCGAUGGUUUUGAUGUAUUCACGAGGCUUACUCUCUUGUCAAAAAUUUCAGAUGACGACCGAAAGAAAGAUCAUAGUGUAAGUAAUCCAGUGUUGCAACUUGCAAGAGUCAACGUAAUGAGCUCAUGGGCGUGUUACAAGAUGAUGAAUCGGAAUAUUUUAUUCCAUCAGCUUUGUGCGGAACGGGUCCAGACGAAUGUAUCCAAUUGCAAGGACACUAGCGGCGUGCUCGAGGCGCGGCUCAAUAUUCCAGAAUACACGGACUGGAAUAUGCAUUAUUUGAUUGGAAUUAAAUCUUUUAAUUAUGGAUGUAUUGAUGAAAAUCAAAGGGGAUUUGGUGUUUAUACAAAAGUGUCCGUUUUUAUGGAUUGGAUCGAAGGAAUUGUUUGGGGAAAGGAAUCGAAAAAGAAGAAUGCUACUGAAAAUUAAACUUAAGAUAUAGUUAAAAAAUAUUUACGAAAUAAAACUCUAAAGUUAAGGUUCAUUUAGACCUAAGCCAAAGACAACAUUCGGUAGUCACUUUAGAGCGAGACAAACGUAUAUACAUGAGAGCGCUCUACUACUGACGUCAUAGCCGUACGGUGUGCCACACGACUUAAUUCCUUGGGAUACAAUGUUAAAAUGCUCAUCUGAAGAUCCACGUUUUUUAGAUAUGAACGUUGUCGCUUCAUAUUGGAAAGCUAAGUUACAACAAUUUGGUAAUUUUGUGCGUCUAUUAUAGCAAACGCGAAAUUACCAAAUUGUAAACGGAACCAAAUUAAACAAGUUAUUUUAAAUUUCUUUUAUUCACAUAGCUGUUCUUAGUAAUAUGUAGGAUUUGUUUUUAAACA